UUUUGUAUAAAUACAAGCGAUACAAAAUGUGGAUGGCAUUCGUUCUUCGUGUCGUAAAGUGAAACAACAUAGUGAAAGAAAAUGACUGGUCGUGGUAAAGGUGGCAAAGGCUUGGGAAAGGGAGGCGCUAAGCGUCAUCGCAAGGUUCUGCGUGAUAACAUCCAGGGUAUCACGAAGCCCGCUAUCCGCCGUUUGGCUCGUCGUGGCGGUGUAAAACGUAUCUCGGGACUCAUCUACGAGGAAACUCGUGGAGUGCUGAAAGUGUUUUUGGAAAACGUUAUCCGUGAUGCCGUCACCUACACCGAACAUGCCAAGAGGAAGACAGUCACAGCCAUGGAUGUUGUGUAUGCUCUGAAGAGGCAAGGCCGCACGCUGUACGGUUUCGGCGGUUAAGAAAAUCAGUAGUCUGCUGUUCAAAAGUAACCAUAAAUUAAACAAUCGGUCCUUUU